AUGUCUAUGCCUAAUGACACCCGGUUCCAUCCUUCGUCAUUCCUUCUGCUGGGCAUCCCAGGGCUAGAGGACAUGCAUGUCUGGAUUGGAUUCCCCUUUCUCUUUGUGUAUCUUGUUGCCCUCCUGGGGAAUGCUGCUGUCCUGUUCGUGAUCCGGACUGAGCAUAGUCUCCAUGAGCCCAUGUACUACUUCCUGGCCAUGUUGGACACCAUCGACCUGGGCCUGUCCACAGCCACCAUCCCCAAAAUGCUGGGCAUUUUCUGGUUCAACCUCAGGAGCAUAUCUUUUGAAGGCUGCCUUUCCCAGAUGUUCUUCAUCCACUUCUUCACUGCUAUGGAGAGCAUUGUGUUGGUGGCCAUGGCCUUUGACCGCUACAUUGCCAUUUGUAAACCCCUUCGCUAUACCACGAUCCUCACCAGCAAAGUCAUCAGCAUUAUUGCAGGCAUUUCCAUUCUGCGGAGCCUGUACAUGGUGGGCCCACUGGUGUUUCUUCUCCUGAGGCUGCCCUUCUGUGGGCAUUAUAUCAUCCCUCAUACCUACUGUGAGCACAUGGGCAUUGCCCAUCUGGCCUGUGCCAGCAUCAAACUGAAUAUAAUGUUUGGCCUUGGCAACAUUUCUCUCUUAUUAUUGGAUGUGCUCCUAAUUAUUCUCUCUUAUGCCAGGAUCCUCUAUGCAGUCUUUUGCCUGCCUUCCUAGGAGGCUCGACUCAAAGCCCUCAACACCUGUGGAUCCCAUAUUGGUGUUAUCUUAGCC